CAAAUAAAAUUCAUCAGUCACUUCAUGUCUGUUCGUGGGACAAUAUGGAUACCACGGUGGGAAAACAAUGGGCAAAUGAGUUUGCGCAGUCACCUUUGCAACAGGCACAUCACUUCCUCACUGCAAACUCUCUCAUUUGUCCUGCUUGCACUCAUCUGCUCAAGUCAGCCACUGGAUCCUCUUAUGGCAAACUCUCCAUUCACUGCCAUGUGGAAUGCACCCACUGAACUGUGUGAGACCAGAUAUGAAGUUACAUUGGACUUGAGGCCCUUUGAAAUCAUCGGUAGUCCAAUGAAGUCUGCGAGGGGCCAGAACCUUACAAUUUUCUACCACGACCGGCUUGGGUAUUAUCCUUACUAUGAUGAGAUUACUGGGCAAUCCUUCAAUGGUGGUCUCCCUCAGAUGGCACCUCAAUCACGCCACUACUCAAAAACUGUAGAAGAUAUUGAGUACUACAUUCCUUCUGAUGAAACUCCUGGAAUCGCAGUCAUUGACUGGGAGAACUGGAGGCCACAAUGGGUAAGGAACUGGAGCCUCAAAACAAUUUACAGAAGGAAAUCCAUUGAGUUGGUCAAGCAAAGAGACCCAUCCUUAACUACGGAUCACGUAAAGAUUCGUGCUAUAGCUGAAUUUGAGGACCAGGCAAAAAGCUUCAUGUUAAAUACUUUGAGGUUAGGAAAGAUACUAAGGCCCAAUUGCUUAUGGGGCUAUUUCCUAUAUCCGGAUUGCUAUAACUACAAGGUUUUGACCAAGAACUAUACUGGGAGGUGUUUUGCCAUUGAGAUAUCGAGGAAUGAUGAGCUUUUCUGGCUGUGGAAAGAAAGCACGGCACUCUUUCCAUCUAUUUACUUGCACAGAAUGCAAUCUUCAGCUGUUGCAGCUAAGUUUGUGCGCCAUCGUGUUCAAGAAGCCAAGCGAGCAGCAGCACUUUCUGGCCGUGAAUACUCCUUGCCUGUGUACGUUUACACUCGUCCGGUCUUCACUACAAGACCUGACAAAUAUCUCUCUGAGGUGGACCUUGUUCACACUAUCGGGGAAAGUGCUGCACUGGGAACAGCAGGUUUUGCUGUCUGGGGAGAUUUGGAUUUGUCUAAAAGCUUGCACUCCUGUGUGACUCUGGCUGACUAUCUAACAAAUCUCUUGAAUCCUUAUGUAAUUAAUGUGACAUUGGCAGCGAAGUUGUGCAGUAGAAUUGUGUGUCGCAACAAAGGCCGGUGCGUACGAAAGAACUGGGACUCUGGCUAUUACCUACACUUGAACCCGGAAAACUUCAGAAUAAGCAGCAAGAAGGAAGGCAUCACAGUGAAGGGUCAAGCUUCGUUCGAAGAUAUACUCUUCAUGUCAGAAAGGUUCACUUGCCAGUGCUAUCCCGGCCAGACGUGUGAGCCCAUACGUAAUAUAGAAAAUCACAUCAUGGAGCACAACACUUGCAUUAAUUCGACUAACUGCAAUAAGUUCUAA